AUGAAUGAAAACAACAUGGAAGCCGAGGGGAGCUUCGCCUUUCCCCAAGUCAAAACAGAGCCCAAAGAAGAAGGGGAGGAGGAGGACGACGACGAGUUGGUACCGAAAAGGGGGAAUCGAAGUUCCACGGUUUGGCUUUGGUUCGGCUUUAAAACGAGCGACAUCGAUCAGAAAACGGUCAUCUGCAAAACAUGCCGCCGUCAAAUCGCUACCAGCGACUCCAACACCUCCAAUCUUUUCUACCACUUGAAGACGCGACACGAAGCGCUGUACUUGGAAAGCCUGAGGAUGCGAGAAAGCGUCAUCGGUGCUCCUCAACCCCAGAGCAACGGUCUGAAAAAAGUCCCAAAGGCGCGGAAGGAGACGUUGGGGAAAUACGACGAGCAGUCUCGCAGACACCGUGAAAUUACCGAGGCCAUCUGCGAAUUCCUCGUCUCGGAAGAGCGGGCCUCGCUAGACACCGUCCGAAAGAAGGGCUUCAGAGAACUCAUCAAAACACUCGAGCCCAGAUAUAACUUGCCGGAUCCCAAACACUUCACGGACGUCCAACUGCCGCGCAUGUACGAAGAAUGCCGCUCCAAGGUGACCGAGGAACUGAAAAGCGUGGAAUAUUACGCGCUGACGUGCAGAGUCAUCACGCCGCCCUACGUCAGCCUGACGGUUCAUUUUAUAAACCACGACUGGAUUUUAAGAAGCCGAUGCUUACAGACCAGCUACUUCCCCGAAGACCGCACGGUGGCCGGGAUGUCCUCGGUGGUGAAAGAAGUUCUCGAAUCGUGGGAUCUGCGUGAAGAUAUGCUCGUCUGCGUCACCGCCGAUAACGCCACCCGGGACGAUCACGAGUGGAAUAGACUACAGUGCUUUGGCCGUCAUCUGCAGAUGGCCAUCGAGAACAGCCUGAAAACAUCUUCGCAAAGCCAAGCGGCCGUGAGCGACGCCGUGGGGAUGUGCAAGCAGGUGACGGCGGCCAUCUCCAAUUCCUUGAAGAGAAGACGCGACCUGGCCAAGGCUCAAGUGGACCUGGACGUGCCGAUUCACCAGCUCAAAACCGAGAACCCGACGCGAUGGGGCUCGCGGCAACAGAUGAUCAGCAGGUUCAUCCAACAGGAGAAAGCUGUUAAACAGGUCCUCCUGGAAGACAGAAAAGUGAGGCAUCUGACUCCAACCAGGCAAGAUAUGAGAAUUCUGGAGUCGGUAAACACGGCGUUAAGCCCUCUGAAGGAAUUCACCGACGCCUUUUCCGGCGAGGAGUACGUCAGCGUUUCCUACGUCAAACCCGUGCUUCACCUCUUCAAGAACCAAAUCCUCAAGCCUCACCACGACGACUCGGCGCUCACCAGAAGCGUCAAAGAGGGAAUCCUCCGCUACCUCUGCGACGAAUACGCCGACGACGCCACGGAAAGGUUGCUGGACACGGCGACCCUCCUGGAUCCCCGGUUCAAAACCGCCUACAUCAAAGAAGAGCGAAUCGAGUGGAUCAAGUCGAGAGCCGCCGCGGAAAUGGAGCUCCUGAUGGCCGGGGUCCGACCGCCGGCGCCGGAGGUCUUUGCCGCGGCGGCGCCCUCCGACGAGUCGGACCUUCCGGCGGCCAAGAAAGCCAAGAGGAGCUUGUCCAGCUACUUCAAGAAAGCGGCGUCGCCCGCCAGCGGCCCCGGCGGAGGCGGGUCGAAACCGAGCAGAGCGUCGGUGGAACUGGAGCUCAACACGUACCUGCGGACGGCGGAGCUGGAUCCGGAGAAAGAUCCUCUGGAGUGGUGGAGGCAGCACGAGCUCAACUUCCCGUGGGUGGCCAAGCUGGCCAAAAAAUACCUGUGCGUCCCCGCCACCAGCUUCCCGUCCGAGCAGAUCUUCGGCGCCGGCGGCGACGCCGGGACCUGGACGGGAUGUUGCGGCAAGCCCCAAAGAAUCGAUCAGAUGGUCUUCCUAUCGGCAAACCUGAGGAAAGCAUUCAACUAA